AUGCAGGCUUAUGCGGCUGCUGGUACUGUGAAUCAAAAUUAUGCAAAUAUUCUAUUGCUGCUUCUCCGUCUUCGCCAGGCUUGUGAUCACCCUCUACUUGUCAAAGGACUCAGCUCAGAUCCUGUUGGAAAAGAGUCUUCUGACAUGGCGAAGACACUCCCCAAGGAACUGCUAGUGAAUUUACUAAAGCUUUUAGAAGCUUCAUUGGCAAUAUGUCUUGUAUGCAAAGAUCCUCCUGAAAAUGCAGUUGUCACCAUGUGCGGACAUGUUUUCUGCUAUCAGUGUGUCAACGAGUUUUUGACAGGGGAAGACAGUACAUGCCCAGCCCCCGAAUGUAAAGAACAACUUGGUGCUGAUGUUGUAUAUUCGAAACCUACCUUAUGGAGAUGUAUCUCUAGUGAUACUGACAAUGACAUCGCUGUCUCAUCAGAACUUGAUGAUAAUUCUCUGGUUCUUCGCAAUGAGUACAUCUCCUCUAAGAUCAAAGCGGUUUUAGAGAUUCUCAAGUCACAUUGCAAACCCAAGACCAGCAAUGGUGCUUCAUCUUCCGGUAAAGGUUACCUAGACUCAGAUACCGAAGGACCUGAAAAAGCUAUUGUUUUCUCCCAGUGGACUGGCAUGUUGAACUUAGUUGAGGAGUCCCUGAAAGAUUCUUGCACAAGUUACCGGAGGCUUGAUGGUACAAUGACUCUACUUGCGAGAGACAAGGCUGUCAAAGAUUUUAAUACCAUACCUGAGGUUGGAUUCCUGUCUCUUUACUCAUUUUCUUUCUAG